AUGGCAGCAGCAACUAGUAAAACCUAUUGUGUGACGUGUAAGAAAGAAAAAGUAACAUUCAAAUGCGGAGGUUGCUCCGAAGAUUUUUGUUAUCAACAUCUGGGAGAUCAUCAAUUAGAGUUAAGUAAGCAGUUCGAUGAAAUCGAAGUUAAUCGAGACAUUUUUCGACAAUCAUUGACCGAACAUAUUGAACAAUCGAAUAGCGACGAUCUAUUCGAACAAAUUGAUCGAUGGGCGCAACGAUCGAUUGAAAUCAUUCAACAAACAGCUGAAGAAACCAAACGGACGUUGACUGAAACAAAAAAUCAGUAUUUCCAGGAACUUGAAUUGAAAUUGAGCAAAUUAACGGAACAACUACGACAGAAACGGCAGGAGAACGAUUUCAAUGAAAUCAGUUUACGUAAUUUUCAUGAAGAACUCAAUCAAUUAACAAAAGAACUCGCAGAAUCGUUAACUAUUUCAAUUGGAGAAGAAUCAACGUCGUUUCUCAGUAAGCUUUAUGUUGACACAUCCGAACUGUCAUUAUUUGAGUUUGAUUUAAAAAAUUUCGAAGUCCAUAGUGGUUUGACUGUAGCUGGAGGCAAUGGGAUGGGCAGUGAGCUAGAUCAACUUUCGCGGCCAGUUGGAAUUUUUGUUGACAACGAGCAAACUGUUUACGUUGCUGAUAAUGAAAAUCAUCGCAUUGUGGAAUGGAAGUUGGGCGCGAGAACUGGCAGAGUAGUAGCUGGUGGUAAUGGGCAAGGCAAACAAUCCAAUCAACUGAGUGGUCCAACAGACAUCGCUCUCAAUAAGGAUGGAACACAUUUGAUCAUUUGUGAUCUGGGAAACAAGCGUGUAGUGAGUUGGCCGCGUCGAAAUGGAACAAACGGUCAAGUUCUUAUUUCCAAUAUUGAUUGCUGCCGAAUAAGUAUUGACAAACAAGGAUUUUUUUAUAUUUCCGAUCGGGAAAAGCAUGAAGUUAGACGAUGGAAAGCGAAUGAUACAAGUGGACGAUUAGUAGCUGGUGGAAAUGGAAAAGGUGAUCGACUGGACCAAUUGAAUAAUCCGACGUUUAUUUUCGUUCACGAUGAUAACUCUAUUUAUAUAUCAGACUGGGGCAAUCAUCGAGUGGUCCGAUGGAUCGAAGGUGCCAAGGAAGGAGUAAUUGUCGCUGGUGGUCACGGCAAAGGAAACAGUCUGAUGCAAUUGGCAAAUCCUCAAGGCGUUGUUGUUGAUGACAUUAGCAGCGUCUUCGUUGCUGAUUUUACGAAUAAUAGAAUCAUGUGCUGGAGUAAAGAUGCUGUGCAUGGGAAUGUAGUUGUGGGUAGAUAUGGACAAGGUGAUGAAGCAGAUCAACUCAAUCGACCAAUGGGUUUAUCUUUGAAUGAACAAGGAGAUCUUUUUGUAGUCGAUCAGUGGAACGUUCGCGUACAAAGAUUUGACUUUGACCGAAAAUGA